GGAAGAGAUUGAUUUCAUACUCUGUUGACGCGUUGGGCUCAUAUGAAGCAAGAACGCGUGCAAGGGAGAACGAAGAUGAUUUUCUUCAAACUCUACAUUAAUGGCCGUUACAUCCGUGCGUUGGCUGAUUGUGGCGCAACCGCCAACUACUCCUCACCGCACGACAUUCGUAAGGCACGCUUGGGGAUGAAGCAAGUGACUUUGCAAAAUCCUUGUCGGACCCAAGUAGGCAACCAAGAGGUUGUCACAUCUAGCAAGAAUGUGUCUUACACAUGGGAUGGGGAAUGCAUGACAGCCUUCGCAGCAUUAAAGGAGGCUUUGGUGAGUCAUCCGGUGCUCCGCAUUGCAGAUCCCAAACUCACAUUCGUAGUAACUACGGAUGCCAGUAUGUAUGGGAUUGGUGCAGUGCUGCAACAAGAUGACGGCGACGGCUUAUGUCCGCUAGAGUUUUACAGCAAACGUAUGCCCAGUCACAAGGUAGCUGCCUCCACCUACAUGCGAGAGCUCUAUGCCUUGAGAGAGGCACUAGACCACUGGAAGCACUACCUCUUGGGUCGCCAUUUCAAGGUGUUCUCGGACCAUGAGACCUUAAAAUGGGUUCAGACACAGAAUAAUCCCUCAACUACGCUGACCCGUUGGUUGCAUGAGAUUGUUGUGUAUGACUUUGAGAUUAAGCACAAGAAAGGUUGUUACAAUCGCGUUGCGGAUGCUUUGUCGCGCCACCCGGAGUACAUGACUUGCCUUGUGGGUUCCUAUGACCUGCGUAAAAAUCUGAAGGAGGAACUACUGCCAAGGAUCCGGAACUCGGUCCCAUCCUUGAGCAGGGUUGACCCUAGCAGUCAGCCUGAUUUCCAUGAAUGUAAGGGCCUUCCCUUCCAACGUUAUGGGAAGCAUGACCGAUUGUGUGUGCCCAACCAUGAGCCGAUCAUGACUCACUUCUUGGACUUGGCUCAUGGCCGGAGUGGACACUUCGGUGUUGAGAAGACAUACGGAAAUCUGUUUGAAAAGUUUGUGUGGCCUGGAAUGAAAAGAACAACGCAAAGGUUUGUGGCUGAAUGUGAAGUCUGUCAACGCAUCAAACCGUCUCGACAGAAGCCCUAUGGGCUGCUGCACCCUCUUCCUAUCCCUGAUGGCCCGGGUGAGUUUGUUUCCAUUGACUUCACGAACAUGGGGAAGAAGAGCGGAAACAGUUAUUCACAAGUAAUGGUGAUCGUCGAUCGUUUUUCCAAGUUUCUGAAUCUAAUCCCAUUACCACCUCACGCCCCAACUGACCUUGUGAUCGAAGAAUUCAACAAAAGGUACAUUCUGCAGUGCGGKCCCCYGAAGACUCUUGUGAGYGAUCGGGAUACCARRUUCAUAAGUGCAGAUUGGAARGACUUCACCUCCCAGACCUACGACAUGAAACUCAAGAUGACGUCUGGUCGACACCCCGAAGCCAAUGGACUGGCCGAGGAGAUCAACCAAACCGUGAUCCAACUUCUCAGGGCUCUUAUCGUGCCUGACCAAAACUCUUGGGAUGAGGAGUUGCCGAUUGUGCAGGGGUUGUACAACAACUCCAUCCACUCUUCCACCGGGAUGACGCCUAACCGGCUGCACCUCGGAUGGAAAAUCGACAAUCCCCUACCCUAUCUGUUCCCGGAACAGCCACCUGGCCUAACACCUGGCCAGCCAGGCUACAGUGCUAAGUCCGAUCGUUUGCUCAAAGUCGCUGUCGCGGCUAUGGAGAGGCGACACAGUGCUAUGAUUAAGCAUGCAAACAAGAAACGCCAGCCUGAUCCCUUCACAGUGGGAAGUUAUGUCUGCGUCAAGAUGUCUGAGUUUUUUGAAGAAGAAGGCUUAUCACGGAAACUUCUUCCUCAGUAUUACAGUCCCUGGAAGGUGCUGAAUCGAGUAGGUAAUGAUUCUUUCGGUCCUUCUUACACGAUUGAUGUGCCUGCUGAUCUCCGCACAUACCCAGUCUUUCACGCAUCAAAGUUAUUUCCGUAUGAGCCACCUGAGACAUUCAAGUACCGAGAAUCGAUAAUUCCCCGCGCAAUCAAUGGCGGUCACGAGGUUGAUAGAAUUGUCGAGCACAGUGGGAAGGGAAGAAACAGACAAUACGAAGUCCAUUUUCUCUACCAUCCGUUGGAUGAUUUCUACUGGAUUGCUAAGAAGGAUUUACUGCAGAGUGCACCGCUCGUCGUUAACGCCUAUGAACGAUUGAUCAGCUCUGAACAGCAGCCAAAAUUCACUGCUACCCUGACCCCUACGGAACACACCCGAUCUCUCUUUGCUAUCUACUCCUAUGAUGCAUUAUGCAAGGACUCUGCUUGAGUUACUCGCUCGAAGGGACCUCGCUCUUGAGGGGGGGGUAGUGUAAUGACCUGUCAAAACACAGAC